AUGAAGUCAACUAUAAGCGUAAAUGCUCCUCGAACAUUGUUCUCUUUGCAAAACUGGUUCCACCUUAUGAGAAGAUACUUUGCAGUGAGGUUGUUCCUCGAAGACGCGUCAGUGGAUUACGUACUCUACCAAAGCAAAUUGAAUUAUUCUAUACUAUCGACUUACCCUCGCUUUACUUGGAGUGUUGUGUGUGUUGUGCCUAAAAUAAUUUUUAAAAGCAAAAUGUGGAGCCUAGUGAUGAUGGCGACGCUGAUCGCGACCGCGCGUACCAAACAGAUUCCUUCUAAUACCGAUUUAGCUACAUCAUCAGUAGCAACGGCUACAGAACCCGUCACAGAGUGGCCAGAAUCUCUCGCCCCUCUCGAUACUCUCGCGGUCGCGUGCGAGAAGGACAACAUGCAUGUCACCAUCUCCCUCGCACAUGCCCAGUCACAUCCUAACAGUGUAUAUGACUCAUUCAACGGGAUAGUCUACCCCGCGGGACUCGGCAGCAACUCUUCUUGCCUACGCGAGUAUGUCUCUGCGAGGGGCGACCUGCAGUACACGGUGCCAUUGAAAGGAUGCAACACUAUGUCAAUAGAUAACGAGGACGGCACAGUCGAGUACUACAACAAUAUAAUAGUCCAGCCGCACUUGCGGCUAGUGACGGGUCAAGGGCGUGGCUACCACGUACGGUGUCGGUACAGACGUCGAGACCUGAACCUGUACCACCUCCAUAGGCCUCAUGCAGACAGAUUAACUAGCAAUAGCAAUUAUAACAGCGACGAAUACGAUGAAGACUCAGGGCUGUUACCGUCUGUCACUAUGAAGAUUUAUAAGGGAGACCCUGAAGAUAAAGAGGUGGCAUCAAACGUGCGUAUCGGUGACACCCUGACCCUCGUAGUGUCGUUAGAGAAACAGAGGCAGUACGGCCUUCUCGUCUCCGAAUGUUCUGUGCGAGAUGGCUUGGGUUGGGCUGAACAAAGUUUGAUAGCUGAUGAUGGAUGUCCUCUCGAUGGCGAGAUAAUGGGUCUCUUCCAGUACUCAAAAGAGAAGCAAGAAGCCCGUGUCUCUUUCCCUGCCCAUAAAUUCCCUUACACUGCCAGCGUGUACUAUACUUGCGAAGUGAAGCUGUGUGACUUGAACCAUCCUACAGAUUGCGAGCCAUGUUCCCAUAAGAAGAACCGCGUGCGUCGUCAAUCAGAUGAAGGCUCUCCCGCCACUGUAAUGGUGUUCUCUGGCCUGUUCGUGAAUGAGGCGGAUUCGCUAGAAAACGAUGAAGUUACUAGCGUUAAGAAUGAAGACGAAAUCUGCAUCUCAAAUCGAAAUUUCGCAAUCGGUGUUUGCAUCGCGGGCGUCAUUUUGAUGAUAUGCGUCAUUGCUGCUAUCGCCUUCAUCCUAGCGAGAAGGAGGAACCCUAAAACCUAUUCAAGAACUGGUAGCUCCCUCUACAGUGGUCCCUAUACUGACACUCGAUACUCACAUACAAGU